AUGUCCGCUCCGCAGCAGCAACAGGCGCAGCCCCCCGCGGCCCCCGAGGCUGCGGAGCCGGACGCCACGAACAGAUACGAAGCGGUGGUUCCCCACUGGUUUUACUGCAAGGUCACGGACUCCCGAGAGCGAUGGAUCCCCUUCAGCACGCAGGACUCGGAGAGGCUGGAGGAGGCUCACGGCUCAGGGAGAGACAAAGAAGAUCUGGUUGUCCCAACAUCAGGGGGUAGGUACGACGUGCAUCUGAAGAAGAGGCAGCGUGUCGCAGUGUACUGGGAGGAGGAGGUAUCUGAAGUGCGUCGCUGCACCUGGUUUUACAAGGGAGACAAGGACAAUAAGUAUAUUCCCUACUCGGAGACCUUCAGCAAAGAACUGGAGGAAGCUUACAUGAUUGCUGUGACCCUGGAUGAGUGGAAGAAGAAACUGGAGUCCCCUAGCAGGGAAAUCAUUAUCUUGCACAACCCAAAGCUGAUGGUGCACUACCACCCGGUUGCCACCUCCGAUGACUGGGGCUCAACUCCUACGGAACAAGGUCGACCUCGGACUGUGAAGAGAGGAGUAGAAAACAUCGCUGCCGAGAUCCCCAAUGGAGAGCCGCUGCAAAUCGAUCACCUGGUUUUCGUGGUGCACGGGAUCGGCCCAGCAUGCGACAUUCGGUUCAGGAGCAUCAUCCAGUGCGUGAAUGACUUCAGGAAUGUUUCCCUAAGCAUGCUGCAAGCGCACUUCAAGAAAGCCCAGGAGCAGCAGCAGAUCGGCCGGGUGGAGUUUCUACCUGUGAACUGGCACAGCUCCCUCCACUCCACUGGGGUGGACGUUGACCUGGAGCGAAUCACUUUGCCAAGCAUCAAUCGCCUGCGUCACUUCAUCAACGACACCAUCCUGGAUGUUUUCUUUUAUAACAGCUCCACCUAUUGCCAGACCAUCGUGGACACGGUGGCAUCCGAAAUGAACCGCCUGUACCAGCUCUUCCUGCAGAGGAACCCGCUCUUCAAAGGGGGGGUCUCCAUUGCGGGGCACAGCUUGGGGUCACUCAUUUUGUUUGAUCUCCUGACGAACCAGAAGGCCGCUCCCGAGGAGGAUGAGCACAGCAAAGAGGGGUCCAGGACAACCUCAAGCAACAAGGGUAUUGAGGAGGUAACAGAAAUCCUGACGAAGCUGGAGUUGUCCGAAUAUUGUGAUGUUUUUGAGAAGGAGAAAAUGGACAGGCAAGCACUGUUCUUGUGCACAGAGGAAAACCUUAAAGAAAUGGGAAUUCCCUUAGGACCAAGAAUGAAGAUACUUCAUUACAUCAGCUCCAAGACGGAGAUGCAGGUCUCGGCAAACUAUCCUCAGCUGAACUACAAGCCCACCAUCUUCUUUGCUUUUGGGUCUCCCAUCGGGAUGUUUCUCACGGUGCGAGGAGUGAAGCGGAUCAACCCAAACUACAGCCUGCCCACCUGCAAAGGCUUCUUCAACAUCUUCCACCCUUUUGACCCGGUGGCGUACCGGAUUGAGCCCAUGAUCGUCCCAGAUCUGGAGUUUGAGCCCAUGCUGCUGCCCCACCACAAGGGCAGGAAGAGAAUGCACCUCGAGCUGAAAGAAGGGCUGACUCGCAUGAGCGUGGACCUGAAGAACAACUUGCUGGGGUCCCUGCGGGUAGCCUGGCAGUCCUUCACUCGAGCCCCGCUGCCAGCCGUCGAGGCGGCGAGUACCGACACCGAAGCGGAGGCCGAGGCCGGCACGGAGAAGCAGCCAGAGACAAAGCCAGAUGAGAGCCCCACAGCAGUGAAGGAAGAGGCCUCCCUCAUUAACGUGGGGAGGCUGAACGGAGGGAAUCGCAUAGACUACGUGCUGCAGGAGAAGCCAAUAGAGAGCUUUAACGAGUAUUUAUUUGCACUACAAGGGCAUCUCUGCUAUUGGGAGUCGGAAGACACCGUUCUGUUGGUUCUGAAGGAGAUCUACCAGACACAAGGCAUUACACUGGAUCAACCUUUGCCAGGGAGCCAGUGA